CCCCGGUCUCAGGCGGGGAGAUCACAAAUCACAGUGAGCCAGAAACUCCCAGUGUUUUCUUCAGGUACAAACAAAAUGAAUAUUCCUGCACUGCUGCAACAUUCUCACCAGCAUCUCCGAAAAGGCUUGUUAAGAACACCUUUCCGACGUUACCACUUCAUCCUUCCCUCAAGUAUUCAUCUCAGAUCAGGAAUCUCGUGUUCUCAGCCAUUUAAUUCUCUUGAAUUCCAUUGUACACAGUGGUCACUGCUGUCAAAUGGUGUAAAGAGAAAAUUAUGUGUACAAACAACCUUAAAGGAACACACAGAAGGACUUUCUGAUAAAGAACGAAGAUUUGUGGAUAAACUUUACACUGGUUUAAUCCAGGGACAAAGGGCCUGCUUAGCAGAGGCCAUAACUCUUAUAGAAUCGACUCACAACAGGAAAAAAGAGUUGGCCCAGGUGCUUCUUCAGAAAGUAUUAGUCUACCACAGAGAACAAGAACAAUUAAAUAAAGGAAAACCACUAGCAUUUCGAGUGGGACUGUCGGGGCCCCCUGGUGCUGGAAAAUCAACAUUUAUAGAAUAUUUUGGAAAAAUGCUUACUGAGAGAGGGCGCAAAGUAUCUGUGCUAGCUGUGGACCCUUCUUCUUGUACUAGUGGUGGAUCACUCUUAGGUGAUAAAACCCGAAUGACUGAGUUGUCAAGAGAUAUGAAUGCAUACAUCAGGCCAUCUCCUACUAGAGGGACUUUAGGAGGUGUGACAAGGACCACAAAUGAAGCUAUUCUGUUGUGUGAAGGAGGGGGAUAUGACAUCAUUCUUAUUGAAACUGUAGGUGUGGGUCAGUCAGAGUUUGCUGUCGCUGACAUGGUUGACAUGUUUGUUUUACUACUGCCGCCAGCAGGAGGAGAUGAAUUGCAGGGUAUCAAAAGGGGUAUCAUUGAGAUGGCCGAUCUGGUUGCCAUAACUAAAUGUGAUGGAGACUUGAUUGUACCAGCUCGAAGGAUACAAGCAGAAUAUAUGAGUGCCCUGAAGUUACUCCGCAAACGUUCCAAAGCCUGGAGACCAAAGGUAAUUCGUAUUUCUUCCAGAAGUGGAGAGGGGGUCACUGAAAUGUGGGAUAAAAUGCAAGAAUUCCAGGAGCUAAUGCUUGCCAGUGGGGAGCUGACCACCAGGCGACAGAAGCAGCAGAAAGUCUGGAUGUGGAAUCUCAUCCAGGAAAGUGUGUUAGAACAUUUCAGGACCCAUCCCACAGUGCGGGAACAGAUUCCUCUUCUGGAAAGAAGGGUUCUCACUGGGGCUCUGUCUCCAGGACUAGCAGCAGACUUGCUGUUGAAAGCUUUUAAAGACGGAGACUGACACAAUUUAUUUUGUACACUAAAUUGAUGUAAGUUUCAUAAGUUAUGUUAAUAUUAAAAAUCACUUACAAUGCUUAUAUUUUCAGCCAUUCUUUUGUGGUGCCGUUGGCUUCUUUAUUUGUGAACCAUGCUUGAA